AUGAGCUGCUUCAGCUCGGACGCCUUUUCCGGCGGCAGCGACAUGCUGGGCUCCUCCUCGGUCGCGCCGGCGGCCGCAGCGUCUCCGCGGCGGAGCCAGAGCCCGCGACCGCUGGCCUCGCGCGCUCCCGGGGCCGCCGCGUCAGGCAGGCGGGGGAACCGGGCGGCUCCAACUGCUGUUUCCAAACGGCGGCCGGGCUGUCCCCGCGCCGCCUGUCAGUCACCUCGGCCGGCGCCCCUGCUCGGCCCCGCCCGCAGACUCCGCGUCGUGCCCGCCAGCCCGUUCCCGCGCGCCGCCCCGGCCUCCACCCCGGCCCGCAGCCCCUCCCGCGCGCUGCCCCGGCAGGCAGUGGGACGGGCACCUAAGGACCCCGCAACCCGGGCCUCGAAGGACCCCAGGAGCCGUCCACCCGCACUUCCGGCCGCCGGCUCUUCGUGCCGCAGGCGAAACCAUGUUCGUCCCCUCCGGGGACUCGGUCCCCGACCUCGCGGGGUGCACCCUCUUAAUGUGUAUGCAUUGCCUUCAAAGAAACUAGUGGCUCUUCAGUUAAGAUCCAUUUUUAUUAAGUAUAAAUCAAAGUCAUUCUGUGAAAAACUGCUUUCCUGGGUGAAAUGCAGCGGCUGCACCAAAGUGGUGGUUCUUUCUAGCAGCCACUCGUAUCACCGUAAUGACCUCCAGCUGCGCAGUACCCCCUUCAGGUACCUUCUUACACCUUCCAUGCAAAAAAGUGUUCAGAAUAAAAUACAGAGCCUCAACUGGGAAGAAAUGGAAAAAACCCCAUGCAUUCCUGAAAUAGACGAUUCUGAGUUUUGUGUCCGUGUCCCUGGAGGAGGGAUCACAAAGCUGCUCUAUGACGAAGGCUGUUCUAAAGAAAUCCCAAUCGCGAUUCUGCUGAAGUUUGUUUCAGAAGGAGACAACAUCCCAGAUGCUCUGGGUCUGGUUGAAUAUCUUAAUGAAUGGCUUCAGAUAAUCAAACCACAUUGUGAGGACCCCACAGCAUCUUCCCUGCCCUGGAAAAUGCCGAGUUCCUGGAGGUUACUCUUCGGCAGUGGUCUUCCCCCUGCGCUCUUCUGAUCUGUUUCAGUUUUAUACCUUACUUCCCAAGAUGCUUACUACCAACACAACUGGUAAACAACUGUAUAAAAAGAAUGUAUUAGGAAAUCUUUACUUUCCACAGAAAAAUCUCCAGGAAAAAUGGAUUAACACAAGGUUGUUUUUACCAUGUUUUCCAUCAUCUACAACAAAUGUAAAUUUUGUGCAAUAAAUUGUUUUCUAAGUAA